CUCCCUGAAAGGAUCGUCUGGAUCCGACGAGGCUUUCUCACAAAGACCCGGCGUUGCAUAGUCGCUGCGACCCGACCCCGCCUGACCUCCGACCUCCCUCUGUACAGCGAGCUAGCAAAGCCUCUCUUUGUACAGAUAUGAAACGAGUUGUACGGCAGAGCAAAUUCCGUCACGUCUUUGGCCAGGCGGCAAAAAAUGACCAAUGCUACGAUGAUAUCCGGGUGUCACGGGUCACAUGGGACAGCUCCUUCUGUGCAGUCAACCCCAAGUUUGUUGCCUUAAUCAUUGAGGCCAGCGGUGGAGGAGCUUUCCUCGUUCUUCCUCUUCAAAAGACGGGACGCAUCGACAAGUCCUACCCCACGGUGUGCGGUCACACCGGCCCGGUGUUGGACAUCGACUGGUGCCCCCACAACGACCACGUCAUCGCCAGCGGCUCCGAGGACUGCACCGUGAUGGUGUGGCAGAUCCCCGAGAAUGGCCUCGUGACCUCGAUGGCUGAGCCGGUGGUGGUCCUGGAGGGCCACUCCAAGCGCGUUGGCAUCAUCACGUGGCACCCCACGGCGCGCAACGUGCUCCUCAGUGCAGGUUGCGACAACCAGAUCGUCAUCUGGAACGUGGGCACCGGGGAGGCGAUGAUCACCCUGGAGGACAUGCACCCAGACGUCAUCUACAACGUCACCUGGAACCGCAACGGCAGCCUCAUCUGCACCGCCUGCAAGGACAAGGCCGUCCGGGUCAUCGACCCCCGCAAGCAGAGGGUCGUUGCUGAGAAGGAGAAGGCGCAUGACGGCGCUCGGCCCAUCCGAGCCAUCUUCCUGUCCAACGGCAACGUGCUCACCACGGGCUUCAGCCGCAUGAGCGAGAGGCAGCUGGCCCUCUGGAACCCGGACACCAUGGAGGAGCCCAUGACGGUGAACGAGAUGGACACCAGCAACGGAGUGCUGCUGCCCUUCUACGACCCCGACACCAACGUCGUUUACCUCUGUGGGAAGGGUGAUAGCAGCAUCCGUUACUUUGAAAUCACAGACGAGGCUCCGUAUGUUCACUUCCUCAGCACCUUUGCCACCAAGGAGCCCCAGAGGGGCAUGGGCUACAUGCCCAAGAGGGGCCUGGAUGUCAAUAAGUGUGAAAUUGCGAGGUUCUACAAGCUGCAUGAGAGGAAGUGCGAGCCCAUCGUGAUGACCGUCCCCAGGAAGUCGGACCUCUUCCAGGACGACUUGUACCCCGACACGUCUGGACCCGACCACGCCCUGGAGGCCGAGGAGUGGCUGGACGGCAAGAACGGAGACCCGAUCCUCAUCUCCCUCAAGAACGGCUACGCCCCGAGCAAGAACCGCGAGUUCAAGGUGGUCAAGAAGAACAUCCUGGACUCCAAGAACACGGAGAACUCGAGCCCCGCCAACAAGGCCGCCUCCCCGACUCCGUCAAUUAAAUCUGAGGCCAAGCUGGAGGAGAUCCUGAAAGAAAUCAAAUCUCUGAAGGACCUGGUGAGCAGUCAGGAGAAGAGAAUCAUCAAACUCGAAGAGCAAAUGUCCAACAUUGCCAUUUAGGGACCCCAACCGCUCCAAUUCAGGACGUUCCAUUGGCUGGGGGGUGGGCGGGGCCAGUCACAGCCUCUCAGUGACAGUGUUCCGCCUGAGGCCUGCCUAGCAACGACCCCUAGCAACAUUCCAGUUGAACUCUUCCUUCUCCGGCCCGACGCUCCGUGUCUAGCCCGACAUACUCUUUGCUUUUCGGUGACAAAGGACUCUCUUCCUUUUUAAUGUGUGGCAGUCAUUUUUUAAAUUGUGUCUACUUGUAUAAAAAGGUCUUACAUAUUCCUUUUGCGUUUUAGAUAUAUGACCAAGAAAAUUCCGAUAUCAAUUGUAAGCGUUUUGCCAUUGCAUCCUGAACGAUGUUUUAAGCUGUCUGCGUUCCGCGCCACGAGACCCCAAAAUUAUAACGUUGCCAAAUUUGACAUUUUGUUUACACCUCCUUCUCAGUAUUUUCUCUCUCUCUUUGUGGGACGAGUCAAAAUGCAAACGGGGACACGCAGUGAACCGGUGACGUCAUGGUUAACGAUAGAAUGAGGUCUGAGGCGUGAGAUGACCCCUCCCAGCCACCGUAGUCGAGUCCCAGCCGCCUCCUCGCUGCUUCCUGCUUCUCGUUCCUGUUGCUUCCCGCCGUCCUGACUGGCCGGCGUUCCUCCGGCUUCAUUCCCAACGUGCUGAUUGGACAAAGGGACAAACACAUUCCACGUGUCUCACUGGCGGUCGCCGGGCUCUCUCGCCACGCGGGUCGGGGGGGUGACCUUCGCUCUGCUUGGGUUCAGCCCCCCGACUCCAGUGCGUAGUCACGUCCUCAGAUCCGUCACUUCUGUACAAACUAAACGGGAAUUGACAUAAAUUACACAUCGGUCGCAUAACGGGACGAUUUCAAAGCUUCUGGUGAUGAAGUGGAGAUGUCCUCUGGGUGUUGAGGGUCCGAGACCCGGACCCGUUGAAUACGUGGGUGUUGCUUCACUUUGGGCCUGUUUGUUGUUCCAGCUGCGCUUCAUUCCCUCUGAGCACUUCCACUUUGUUUAGUUCUGCUUUAUUCCUCAGAAGCUCCGUUCAGUGUAGUAAAAACAAGCCACUGUGGAACCGUCCAGUCUGAGCGGGUCGGACCCAACGGCGCCGCCAGUUCUAGACCUGAUCCUCUGUGUGUGUGUGUGUGUGUGUGUGUGGUCCUAAAUCCCUGAGUCAGCGGUUUGGGGAUGACAUCAUGAGGUCCUUCCCCCCCAGCAUUGCUGGUGGUUUGUUGGUAAACAAGCUGCCUGACAUGUUGACCCUUUCCUCCUCGGUACGGGUCUUAAAAACAUCUUUAAAAACGGCGUCAAACGGAGAAACCGAGUCGUAGAAAUCACAAGAGGGCUUUAGAAAUGUGCCCGACUCAAAUGAUACCGCUAGCUGCCACUGGACUCGUUAUAGCAUCGUUGGCACGAGCAAAGUUUUGAAGAGGAGCAGAGGAGGAAGAGGAGGAGGAAUAAGAGGAGGAGGAGUGAAUAGCGAUCCAAAGGGACCCUGUAGGUUGAAGUUGAGCGGUGGAUGUUCUGCAGGUCUAGGAGUGACAGCUGUAAGUAACAACCCUGUGUUCCUCUUGUGCUGUCUGCAGGUGUGUGUGUGUGUGUGUGUGGCUGUCUCUGUGUGUGUGUGUGUGUGUGUGUGUGUGUGUGUGUGUGUGUGUGUGUGUGUGUGUGUGUGUGUGUGUGUGUGUGUGUGUGUGUGUGUGUGUGUGUGUGGCUGUCUGUGUGUGUGUGUGUGUGUGGCUCUGUGUGUGUGGCUAUCUCUGUGUGUGUGGCUGUCUCUGUGUGUGUGUGUGUGGCUGUCUCUGUGUGUGUGUGUGUGUGGCUGUCUCUGUGUGUGUGUGGCUGUCUGUGUGUGUAUGUGGCUGUCUCUGUGUGUGUGUGUGGCUGUCUCUGUGUGUGUGUGUGGCUGUCUCUGUGUGUGUGUGUGGCUGUCUCUGUGUGUGUGUGGCUGUCUGUGUGUGUAUGUGGCUGUCUCUGUGUGUGUGUGUGGCUGUCUCUGUGUGUGUGUGGCUGUCUGUGUGUGUGUGUGGCUGUCUCUGUGUGUGUGUGUGGCUGUCUCUGUGUGUGUAUGUGGCUGUCUCUGUGUGUGUGUGUGUGUGUGGCUGUCUCUGUGUGUGGCUGUCUCUGUGUGUGUGUGUGUGUGUGUGUGGCUGUCUGCAGGUGUGUGUGUGUGUGUGGCUGUCUGUGUGUGUGUGUGUGUGUGGCUGUCUGCAGGUGUGUGUGUGUGGCUGUCUGUGUGUGUGUGUGUGGCUGUCUGCAGGUGUGUGUGGCUGUCUGCAGGUGUGUGUGUGUGGCUGUCUGUGUGUGUGUGUGGCUGUGUGUGUGUGUGUUCAAUGUGUGUGUUGCACCUUGCCAUAAUGCAUCAUGGGAAAGCAGCGCCUCUGUUAAUGUCGGAGGUCAAAUAUCAAGAAAGAAAUGCGACCCGAAAGCCGCGCGCCUCGGGCUGGAGGCCGCGGUCCUGAUUCUGCUUCAAGCGUCAAACAUGAUAAGAAAAAUAAUAAAGACUUUUUAAAAUGC